GUAAAAUAAACAUGGCGUCUACUGUGUUGAUAUCUAAAAAAACUAUACAGGUUUGUUAACAUAUUGAAUAUUAAUAGUCGUUUUAAAAUAUUACUAAUGAGUAGCAUGAUAUGGUAAAUGAGAAUGUGAAAUGGAAAAGAUAACGAUAAUUAUUUUCUAUAAUUUGCAGUUGAUUUUAAUAUUUCUUUCGAUUUUUACAACGACCAGACUCGGUUAAAAAAAAACUGGUAGAUCACUUAAAAAACUCCAUCUCACUCACUCUCACGCACACUACACACUCAAUUAUAUGAUUUGUCUCCGUCUCAGAGUCUUAGCAUCUGAAAAUAAACGUCUAAAAAAUUAAGAAAUUUAAUGAAACUUAAUUAUGUUAGGGCUAAAAAGUUUUUUUUUUUUUUUUAAAUGACAAGUAUUGUAAAGAUCAAGAUUCAUUUUUAAAAAAAUGAAGAUGUGACACAUGUUCACUCACUCACAUGUGAAAUGUGACAUGUCAAUGUCUCAGAUGAGAAGAUGAGCAUUGGGUGGCAUAUUGGCCUGAGAGCCUAUAAGACUAAGGGCUAAGGCAACUAACAAAUAAUUAUGUGACCAUUAUUAAUCUUUAUUCUUACUCUUACUGUUUUCGCUGGUACGAUAUUGGACCAGUUGUUGGUCCAUAAUUGGAUGCUCCAUUAUUCCAUUAGUAAUCCUGGUGAGUUGUAUGAUUGUAACUGUAACUAAUGGUGAAAGGCAAAUGGAACUAGGAGAUACUUCUGUAAAAAAAAAAAAAAAAAAAAAUAAAAAUUCCAUAAUUAAAAAUUAAAAAAAAAAUUGGACCAGUUGUUGGUCCAUAAUUGGAUGCUCCAUUAUUCCAUUAGUAAUCCGGGUGAGUUGUAUGAUUGUAACUGUAACUAAUGGUGAAAGGCAAAUGGAACUAGGAGAUACUUCUGUAAAAAAAAAAAAAAAAAAGAAUCAACAUUCCAUAAUUAAAAUUUAAAAAAAAACCUGCACAGCAAACUUUAAAUAAAAAAUGGGGUAAAUUUACACUAUCUGUACCAUGACCCAUACUCAUACACUGCAAUAAGUGUUAAUGACCUGUGGUUGCUCUGUUCUUCAACUAAAACGUAUGUGCUACCCUUUUUGGAACCAAAGCAUGACCUCGGCAGCAUAUUUAAUGUGCAUUGGCAUUGGUGUUUUCCUAAGAUCAUCAAAAAAUGGAGGCCUAAUUUAUCUGCACUCAAAGAGUAGGAGAUAUAUGCAAUUGAUUUUUUAACGUGGUACAAGUUAUGUGGCAUAUCCCACCUCACCUCCAUUUUUUUUUUUACGGCAUUGAUCAUGGGGAGAGAGACUAUUUAUUUAUGCAGAGUAAAGUUAAAUUGAAUUCAUGAGUGACAUGGCAAGAAGUUGCUAGAAAUGAGCUGAUAUAAAAAGGCUGAUGUUUCCCAAGUCCCAAUGACAACAAUACUUAUAUUGAUGGAGGCAGGAGGGCCCACUGGGAAACCAUCAUUGUACAUCUGUUAACCCUGAGAAGGUGCUUUUCCAAUAAUUUUGGUUUUGAAAUUAUUUGAUCAGGGAAAAGAGAAAAUGAAAAAUAUAGACAAAUCUGCAUUUUGUGUAUGUAAAAUAUGCUUCUUUUUGCUGAUCAGAAAAUUGGGUCACAUUUGUGAAGCUGUGUAACCCCAAUAAGUUCUUUUAAUUUUUACUUUUUUGGUGAAGAAUGCUUUUUGUUGACUCGUUUGUUGUGGUUUGUUUUCCUUCAGGUUUUCCCAAUUUCUAUGUUUCUUAUUGUCAGCAGCUGCUAGGUACAGAGAAAAAAAUUCUUGAGUUUCCGUUAAUGGCUUGUGGUGGUUUCCAGCAUGUUAUUCAAUCUAGCCUCCAAGGAAAAUUAAAGGCCAAUUCUUGAUUAUUUCAGAGAAUAACUGCAAGUACAUGGAAUGGGAAAAGCGUUGAAGGCUUCUUAAUUGGAGAGUUAGAUGUCAAUAGUACAGAGGCUUAUUCUGUUUCUGGUGUGUGGCGAAGCAAACUUAUAGACAACAAUGAGCUGAAAGAGGACACUGAGUCUUGCUUAAGCCACUUUUCAGGAGGUUUGGAUUUUUAUUGUCCUAUUUUUAUGACACCAUUUGUUAAAUUUUUCUGUAAAUUAGAUAAUAUCAGGUUGAAAAGUUCAAUGACAAACUAUACAAGCACAUAAGAUAUGCUCAUAAUGGCAUUAACUGAUUUGACCUUAAGCAUGCAAAGGAAAUACAUUGCGAAUAGAUAUCUUAUAAUAACAUUUCUAAUAAUGGCAUAAAAAUUACAUUUCUGAAAUUAUUAGUCACCUUUAAGGUUAAACUAAAGAUGGUAUACCACCAUGGUAUAGUUUAAAUAUAAAGUAAAGCACCAUUCAUCUUACUUUCACUUCCAUUGUGAAUUGUUAUUGUAAAACAUGUAGUAUUAGGAUCAAGAGUUUUACAAGUUCAUUGUAAAAAGUUGUGAUCUCUUGUUUACUUUGUUUAGGUAAACAUGUGGUUGGUUUUGUUUUUCGACCAUCUGAGCGCUCCAUCAAAAGUCUUGUUGAUAACGAUCAAGCCAGUAUUGACAGAGAAUUUGAAGAAGUUUUUGGAGAUUAUAACAUUUGGCUGGUUAGAUUUUAAUUUAUGCACUUUUAAAAAAAAAAGAGUUGUAUUUUUAUUAAACUCAUCUUUGUAAUAUUUGCAUGAGGUGUGUCAAACCUUUGGAAUUUAGAGCAACAUUUUCAAAUAUAAUGACUUUGUUGGGCUGAUUGCAUACCAGGUACACUUGAAGAAAAAUGUUGAUUUACAUUUUAAAUAAAUUUCUAACAAUUAAUUUUUGAUUAAUGGUUAGGUGGGAGGACCAUUAUAUCGACAAGUUCAAUUGAAAUUUCCCUCAAUGUCAAAACAUGAAGGAGCCUAUGUGGAACUAACAAACCAAUAAACAAGAAAACCUAUAAAUGUAUAGAUAUUAAUUUCCUGGCAACUUAACAGUUUCAUAAUCACCUUUGUAAUUAAAUCGUCAAUUCUUUAUUUAAAUAUUGUUUUAACAGCUCUGAUUCUAUGACCCUAAGCUAUAUUAAAUGAAUAUCUAACCUUAAUAAAUCUAAAUGUAUCAAACAAAAAUCUUGUGUAAAUUUUUUAUUAUUUUUUGUUUGGAAUUCCAAAAAAUCAUGGUUAGUUAUGUUUGCAUUUUAAAUUGAAUUAUAGGUGGUUAAUUUUUAAUAAAAAUGGUGGGUUUUUUUAUUAAUGAAGGAGCAGCUAGGACUGACACAAGCAAUUGUCUUGGGUUUGUGCCAGAUGCCCCAAACAGAUCAAGAAUUGCAACCAAUAUUUUUUUUGAUGACUGAAGACAGUGUUAUAAAAGCAGACUUCAUUCUUGCUGAAGACUUAAAACCUACAGUAAAGCUGAGAUUGAAGGCUGAUGUCCCUCUGUGCAUUUCAACAGAAUCAAAUACUGGUUUGUACUUUUCUAAAUAUCAUACAGUUUUGAUUGACAUAUUUAUGAAUUAUUUAACUUAAAGUAUUCGAAUACAGGGUUAUAAAAAUAUUUUUUGUUAGGAUACUCAAUUUAAGAUGGUUUUUAUCAUUACAAGAUGAAAAUUAUUUUCCUGCUUAUUUAUUUCUCUCUUUGUUUAGAUGACCAGAUUAAAGCUGCUCUGGAUCAAGAGUUGAUAAAACUGCAAAAUUAUUCCCAGUCUGGGGGCUUUGUCUUUGGCUUUGAUGAAAACAAAGUCAUUCUUCAAAGGGCAGGGACUCUGGAUUCUACAGCAGAUGUCUGGUUGACAUGUGGAGAUAUUGGCAAAUAUUUUAAUGCAUUGGCAGGACUGGGAGGCAGCAAAAAGAAAGUUGGCUGGCUGCAGCAGGCAAGUGACAUUUGAUAGUAAUGAAUUUUCAUUGUCCAUCAUUAUACAUGCUUUUUUUUUUUUAAAUAACACUUUGUGGACCACUUAGAUUAUAGGGUAUGGCUCUUCUUUGUUUAGCAGCUAACAGUGCACUGUCUACAAAAGUGAUAAAUGGCAAGGCACAGAGUAAAUGCUCACCAAGUGUAUCAUGUAAUACAAAUUUACCCACUUUGCAUAUUGAUGAGUUUCCUACGGCCGGAUCUAGAAAUACCAAGCCCGCUGCCAUCUUGGUGAAAAUGGGUCCCUGUCCUGCUGUUUUCAGGAUUAAUGUAGAUUUUUUUUAUCUUAGCCAACGCUUAUUUUUUAUGAGUUAAAAAUCUAAGAGUUAUGUUUUUCGUGAUGAAGAGAUAUAAAAUUUACAUUACUAAUCGUUUCUUAUAUUCCAACUUAAGCAAAAUUUAAAAAAUUUAAUUAUUGUAAUAUUGAUAUGACACCUCCAUAUCAGCAGGUUUUGAAUUUACAAUUCUAAAAAUGCGGUAACAGGGUGAAAACUGUUUCUUGAUAUAAAAUAGCUGGUUAUUUCUCCUUGAAAAUAUCAUUGCACUUAGUAUAUAAAAAAUCAUACAAUUGGUUAUGCUUGAUAUAGGAUUUAUGAGCCAUAUGUUUAUUUUAAUGACAAAUUUGGGCUUUGUACUGUAAUAAAACUAUUAUAACCAGAAGUAGGCAAUGACAUACGGUACCAGUAUACAGAAUAAAGAUUUUUUGAAUUUUCAAUUCUAAAAUUAUGGCAACAGAUGUAUAGAUUGUUUCAAUAGUUUAUAAAAAAAAAAGUUGUAUCAUGAUAAACAUUUAACAGUUAAAGUUAAACAGUAACAAAUUCAUUGUAAACUAAAAAUUUGUUUUAGCCAUUUGUUUUGAAAUGUGAGCUUCUUCUGGUUCUUUUCAAAUGAAAUCUAAGAACAAGAUAUGCAAAACUUGAAUUCAUUAACAGGAAAAAAGAUGAUGUUUCUGCUAAGAGCCUUCAUCAGAAAACAAGACAAAAAGCAGAAAACAAUUAUCAGAUCACAGUAAAAAAUACUAAAGAGAUUUUUUGUUGCCAGAAGUAGGAUUACAGGAAGUGAAAGAAUAUAAAUAUUGGUACUGUGAAAAAUAAGGUAGAGAAACGGACCAAAUAGGUUGGGAUACAUGAAAUCUAAGCAAUAAGAAAAAAAGAAAUACAGGGAAAUUGAGAAACAUUAGUAAGAGAAUAUUUCAUUAAUACCAUGUGGAGAUAUGGUCCUUUUCAAUAUUCUUUACAGAUUCAUACCGGGUAUGCUGAAAAAAUUAUGUGACAUCUUGGAACAUUAUUGUGUAAUAUGAAAUUUACCAUUCUUAAAUAUUCUUCUGUUGGUAGAUUAUCAUCCCUGUAUCCAUGUUACAAGUCAUAACGGUUGAGCCACAGACAACAGUGCAGUAUGCCCCUAUAAUCAGGCAUCAUAUGGGUAAGUGCAUCUAUCUUUAAUAAUUGUAAACAAAAACAAGAUUAAGAAAUUUCAGUUAAGAUUGGCACUUUCAAACUUACAUGGCUUGCUUGAACUUUUUCGAUACAGUUUUCAUUUAACUUGCCUGUCGUGUUUUCCUUUAAGGCUCAUUCAAAACAACAAAUAUGUUACUGCCUAUUGAUGUGCUUGUUGAAGUCAGAGACAAUUUACCAAUCGCUGAGCUUUUUAAUGUGUUGAGCAAAGCUGUGGGUCGACAGAUUUCAGCACUUUUUGAAUGUUUAUCAGUCUACACACAGGUGAAUAGUCUUAAUAUUGUAUUACUGCAUAGUUAAAAUAAUAAUGUGCUUUAAAAAUGACACUGAAUUCAUACUGGCAAUAAUUAUCAUUUUAAUUUUUGUGACAGGUAAAUAAUUUCUUCCAUUUAAAACACUGGAUGUUUUGAAAUGUGAGCUUCUUUCUUCUGUUGUUUUUUUUUUCAAUGUACUUCAAAAAUUAUGUGACAUCUUGGAACAUUAAAUAAUUAAUUUGAAAAGUAACAUUAUUAACUAUCUAGUGUUUAUUUUUAUCUGAAAUUCCUUUGCAAUGAAAUUGUUCUGGAGUUAAGAGAACAUUACUUAACCACUAUUAUGAUCCAUUUAAAACACCUAAGUAUAUUUUUUGUGUACCAGUAUCUUGCUUUGCCUUUACUAAUAUACUAACAGGUACAUGAAGAUGUAAAAUUCAACACAUGCUGGGCUAAAAAUGGGUGGGGUGAGAUAUGGCCUGAAUCCUUGGUGGGUAGCGACAGGCAGCUGGUGCUGUGUUGGCCUUUGUUUGCUUCUUUUUGUUUAUUAAAUUUUUUUAUGUCAUUUGAAUUUCAAUGUUUGGCAUUUAUAAAUUAUAUAAACCACUUUUAGUUAUGUAGUGUGUGGUUCUGAAUUUUUUUUCCCGAAAUUAAAUAAUGCAUUUAUUUUUUUAACCUGAAACAGCAAAUAAGUAGCAGGGUAAAAUAUGUCAGAAUGCACAUUGUCAUUAAAUGGGCCGAAAAGGAUGAGAACUAUAAGUAACUAAUCUUUAAAUUGCAUCAUUCUAAUGAAAUGUAGAUGGUAAUAUCAAGCACGGAAACAAUAAAAUCUUUAAUGAGGAACAUGAUAAAAAGAAUCUGAUGUUUAAAUUGUCUAGAUCUGAAUUUAAAAAAAACAACAAUUUUCUGAUUUAGAAUACUUUUGCCAGUACAAAUGUUAACAAAUUUUCAAUACUUAUUUAAUUUCCAUGUACAUGACUCAAUAAUUGGUUCUAAUUAGUUUUCUUUAUUAUCAUUUAGAAAAAUGAACUUCAUAGUCCAGAAGUAUUCCAUUUUAAGCCAAGUUGUUUGGACCAUUCAGUUACAAUUGUUUACCCAAAGGGAGCUACAGACAAUGAACUUGGUAAGUGAAUUUAUUUUUAAAGAUUUCUUUUUACCCAGGUUUGUUCCAUAAAAAAUUAGAUCAUUUGGGCAUCAAAUUGUUCUGAUCUGGAAAUUUCUGAUUAUAAAAUUAAUUAAAAAUUUUUAUUUCUCCAGAAAAUGAGCGACAGAUAAUGCAUGGUCACUUGUGCCUUCCCCUGAGCCAGCCCUUGCUGCGAAGAGGUUGUGCAGGACACUUUCUUCGACAAACUGCACCAGGAAAUUACUUGUUAAAUACACAUUUAGGACUCGCUGUUCCACAAGGUUAGAAUAUUUGAGUUUAUAGUAUGCUCUCAACCUAAAACUUUCUGAGUAAAUGUUUAAUUUAAGAAAAAAUUUUAGGCAAUGUUUUGAAAAUGAAGUCUUCCUUGGUGUCUCUUGUAUGUGUAUAUGAUAUCAAUAAUUAUAAAAAAAAUUUUUUUUUGAAUUACGGUAUUUUUAAAAAAAACUGAUGUACAGAAAUAAAAAUUUCAACAAUACUUUUCUAGAGACAAUAAAAAAAGGGGGUUAAGGGGCGCGUGACGAUUCAAGCUGAGCUGAAUACAGUUUCUACUAUAUACCGAUACCGUGUACAUAACGUUUGAUGAAUUUAAUUGAAUUUCCAUUUCAUCAUUAGAAUUCCUACUUGCCAACUAUGAUAAUUGUAUAAUUAAAGGAGAAAUCUACCAGAGUUAGCUUAGUGAAGUCAAUACCGUUACCGGUACGUAAAAAUUCAAGCUAUUAACCAGAUUCCAGGGCCUACCAGUACCGGUACAACUGAACCACUUGUAGUUUGAGUAAUUUUAAAAUUAGAUCUUCUCUCACAUGAAAAAUAAUUCCUUAAAUAUUGAAAGGUACUGUGCUGGUAACUAUUUCUUUUCUUUAAUUAAUGUUAAGUCACUGUAUAAUGUAAUCAGUUUUCUUUUUAUUAUUAUGUCGAAAAUUAUAUAUUUUUUAAAUUUACAGUGAAACCUGCAAAAAUUUCACUUGUUGAUGGUUAUUAUAGCUACCACCAUUACAUGCAAGAUCGUUUUGAUGAUGACAAAUGGGGCUGUGCUUACAGAUCUCUGCAGACAUUAUGCUCCUGGUUUAAAUAUCAAGGUUACACAGAUAAACACAUACCAUCCCACAAAGAGAUACAACAGGUCAGUGUACUGUACAAAAUGAUAUGUGGGUUUCUCAUUACACCAGUUGAAUUACCAGUAUUUGAAAUUGGGUGAAUAAAAGUAAAAAAACAUUUAGUGAUCUAUACUUUCAAAUUGAAUUAAUUUAUGUAAUUUUUUGUUGGUCUUUUUUUAAAUACAAGUUACUGAUUGAAUUAAAAUUUCAUCAUAAUCAUCAUCAAAAAACAUUUAGUGAUCUAUACUUUCAAAUCGAAUUAAUUUAUGUAAUUUUUUGUUGGUCUUUUUUUAAAUACAAGUUACUGAUUGAAUUAAAAUUUCAUCAUAAUCAAAAUAUUUAGAAUGACUCACAAAGGGUAUAGCAGUAUAACAGUUGUUUGGUAACAAAUCUAUAUUUAGUAAUGUAUGUACUUAAAUUUAUAAUUUUAAAAUCAUUUACCCAUGAAACUGUUGUUGACAAAAGGCAAAUGAGAUAUUUUAGUUUUAGUACCGGUGAUUUUUUUAUUUCAAGGCUCUGGUAGACAUAGGUGAUAAAGAGAAAAAGUUUGUUGGCAGCAGACAAUGGAUUGGUUCGUUUGAAGUCAGUUAUGUCUUAGACCAUUUACUUGGGGUGAGUAAAAUUGAAAAUGAAUAAUUUCACUCAGCUAAAAUGACUUAAAUGAAUGUAUGACAUUGCACUGGCAGCAUAGGUACUAUAUUGUUACUUUGCAUUUUUAAAUUGAAAUAACAUUUUUACAAAAAGUUGUAGGAACAUGAAAUUUUAUGACAUCUUUUCAUAUUUUGGUUAGAUAAGGAUAUUGUGUAGACCUAAUUUUAGGAAAAAAAACUUAACCUGUUCCCAAAAGUUACAUCCAUAAGACUGAUGCAUCAUAAGUAAAAAUAUAUGUAUACUAUACCGUACAUUCAUAUCGCUUGUAUGGAAAUAAUGUCAACAAAUAUUAUAAUAUAAAUUGAAAAAAAAAAAUGAUGAAUAUAUUUUAUAUUUGAAAAAAAAAUUAAGUCCAAAUAUUUGUACCAGGUAUAUAAAAUAAAAAAAAAUAAAAAAUACAAUUUAGAAAAAGAUUUAUUUCACAUUCCUAAGUACUGUAAUUGUAAUUGCAUGUUGACUCUGAUACUGAAUGUGGGUCACAAACAGGUUGCUUGCAAGCCACAUAACUUUUUCCAGUCUUGAUUUGUUUCUGCUUCUGGUCUCGGCAGACAUAAUAACAACUGCCUAUGAUAGGAGCGGCUUCACGACUGCCAAGAGAUUCUUGCAGGCUAGCUCAGACUAGCUGCAGCUUCUGGUGGUGUCACAAUGCAUCAUCCAAGCACCAUUUCCACUGCACCUUGAUGGAAAUGGCUUCUCAUCAACAUCCAGUUGGUACUAGGAGCAUCAAUGGAAAGCAUUCAUAGCUUAUUGAAAGUUAUUGGCAAGAUCUUUCAGAAACUUCUUUGUUGAUCCUUUGUCCUCAACUGUGUUUUCUGUAGGUGAAGUAGGAUGAUAAGUAGACAAGCCAGCGAUGUCAAUCAUAUUGUAGAAAAAUGCCGGAGGCCAAAGCAAUGUUCUUCAUUUCAUUUUAUCCCCAGUAUCAACUCCACCUUUGGUUUAGUUGUAGUACCGGUAUUUAUCUAUUGCUGGGCUAAUUGUGUCUCUUCAAUUCCUCCUUUCAUGUGCAUGGAAGUUAUGAGCAGGUUUUAUUUGUUUUUCCUUGGUACCGAUACAUAUCAACUAUUUUUAUUGACGGUACCUAUCAAAAUACCGGUACCAAGACAUUUGUAAAUACUUAAGUUAAGUUAACCUGAUAAUUUUAUGUUUUAGAGGAAUAAGAACCUCAUAAGAAUCUGUACAAAAACACAUAACACAAAAGAAGUUCGCAUUAUUUCGCUGGUAGCCAGAAUCUAUAUAAAUAAUACAAAAUAACAAAUUAAAUGAUAAUAAAGUCAACAAUCUGAGCUGUAAAAUUUUACAAAACGUAACUAAUUUUGUGUGAUAGUAUUAAUACCAGUAGUAAAUACCAUACAGAAAGUGAGAAAGUAUACCUGAAUCUACACUCAGAUUUUUCAUACAAAAUAAAGGAAGGUACAAUUUUACCUAUGCUGCCUGCUGGCGUUGUAAAAUUAUGCCGACGGAGGUUUAUUAAACCAGACUAACACUAGUUCUGUGGUUUAAGUUUUCUUUAGUUUUUAACUUUAAAUGUUAUUCAACUUUGUAUGCUACCGGUAUAUAAUAUAAAAUAUAAUUUAUGUGUUGCUAUAUAAAAUAUAAUUAAUGUGUUGCACAGUUUUAGCGUCACAGUCCAUAAUCAACAUGUAAUUAAUAUAGAAUUGUGAUUAGUAAAUUUUAGACUGUAACUGGAUAUUUUUUUAAAAUAAGGUAAACAAAGAUCAAUUUAUUAUUUAGGAAUGUAUGCAAUUGAAAUGUCCUAUUGUUGUUUUCAACUACGUGUGUUAUCAGGUUACUAGUAAGUUUAUCACAGUUAAUGCAGGAUCUGAGCUUUCAAGUAUAGGCCAAGAGCUUGCCAAUCACUUUGAAACUCAAGGAACACCUGUCAUGAUAGGUAAUUUUUUUUCUCUAUUUGUAAAAAGAGACCACUAGUGGGUAACUAGAGUAACAGCAAUAAUAUUUUGAAAUUUAUUUGUAUUUUCUGUUACUGUAUGUAAUAAGAUAUAUAAAUUACACCUAUUACUAGUAUUCCUGGUACCAUACUAAAAGUACAGUAAUUUUGAAUCCUUGUACCUGUAAAUACAUUGUUUUUUCACAGGUGGUGGAGUAUUGGCACAUACAAUUUUAGGUGUAGCAUAUAAUGAAUUGACUGGUGAUAUCAGUUUUCUUAUAUUAGAUCCUCACUACACAGGCAGCGAGGAUAUAAAAAUAAUUCAGGAAAAGGUAAAUAUAUUGUUAAUUACUGUUACAGAUUUUGCUAAGUUUCUAUUACCGAUUUUGCUAAUACUAAUAUUGGUGGGAUUGCUCCAAGUAAUUAGAAAUUCCGGGUACCAGUAGUUAAAUUUUACAAAAAUAAUUUAUGAAUAUGAUACAGUAAUGGGUAUUUGUUGUUAAAUCACAAUAUGAUAUGUAGACCUUUAAGGUAUUAUAUUUUAAUAUAUAUAAAAUACUUCCAACUUGUGUAGGGUUGGUGUGGAUGGAAAGACAUGAAUUUCUGGAAUCAGACAGCUCAUUACAAUUUGUGCCUGCCCCAGAGACCCAUUCUCAUUUGAUGUUAUUUCAUUAUUUUUAUUUUAUGUCAUGUUGUAUUGUUGCAAAUAUCUUUAAAAAGUACAGUACAAAAAUGUAAUUUAUGUGGUUGAUAUGCAAAAGUAAUGUGGUGAUAUGCAAAAGUAUAGCACAAGAGCAUCUGUGAGAAUGUCAAAGCCCUCUAUUAAUCAUUUGUGCAAAUCUGAGCUAAGCAUGGAUCUUAAUUGUCUGGAUUUACUUUAUUUUUUAUAAAUGUGCCUGGUCAAUGAUUGAAAUUCAUUUCUUCUUGGAACAAGAAUGCAUUUAAUUUAUUCUUACAUUGGUAUCUGGAAUAUUAAAUUUAAAAAAACUCGAGAAUGUAGACUUCUUGUGUAAGUUGUAUUGUAGAUGCAGUCCUGAUAGUGAUUACAUAAUCUAAUAAUGGAGUCUAAUAA